UCUACCUACCUACCUCAUUGUCCAAUGAAACCAUUCUUAAGCAGGAGGAAGAAUAGGAUUGGAACUUGCAAGUGAAUACUGGGUAGAUAUCUUCCUCAAUUAUGGCGUGAAUAUGGGAAAAUUGGAUAAUAUAUAUGCCGGUAUAGUCGCCCAUAUUCGGUGGAGCAGAAUACCCAUCCCAUUGUCGAUCAUUAGUCUCAGGUUUCUGAUGAUGUCAACCUUGAAAAAACUUGAACGCCAAUGACGACUGAAACCGGGAGAUCAACUCAACUGAAAGCUUCACCGGGUCAAACCAGAACUGAACAAGAAGAGAUGGACAUUGAUGAAGAACUGCUCAGGUCCCGAACUUCACGACAGGGUGUGCCAUCUAGCUAGGUAGCUAAAGGUUCCAAAGAAUCUGGGUGUCCCUGCAUUAGCCGUGCUCUUUCUUCAACAACCUUGAUUUAUGUUAUAGCUUCGUUGCCAUGAGAGCCUGGCACCCCUACUAGAUACCUGGUUAACUGGGAAGACUUGACGUUAGGAGGCGGAGAGACAUCUUCACAAGCAAGUCGGAAUUGUUUCCUUUUCCUGACAUUGACAUAAGAAGCAUCACCAAUUAUUAUCUACUAACUACUAACUAUAUGCUUUAUCUGGUAAAUCGUAUACAGAAGACAAAUGCACAACAUCCGUGGUCAUCCCGAACUCAUCACUAUCAGCUCCAUACUAAUAGACCACUUCUCUCAUCUCUCAAUUCGUAUUCGUCAUUUCAGGCAGAGAGAGUUUCUUUUAUAACUUAUACCUUCCAUCAUAGGUAUUAUCAGUGAAGUUCUGUCGUCGUUCAGUUGCGUACCCCGCCAUCCGCUUGGUGCAGCAUGCUAAGUUAUACCCCACAACGCGUCCAAACACGUUCUGUGCCUAGUACGUAAUCUUUCAUCGAGCAAACUAUCAAAAUGGUAGACACAACUAGUGACGAAGAUCGAGAGCGCCUCAAGGCUGCCUUGUGGUACGCAGUUGGUCAAAUUGUCGAUGAGGAGUCUCUACGCCGUAACCGAAAUGCAACACCACAGUUCAUCGGUGCACUCACAGAGCUAGUCUGGACACAAAUCGAAAACGUUGCCACAGAUCUGGAGAGCUUCAGCAAUCACGCUGGACGGUCCACAGUGACAACAGAUGAUGUGUUACUUCUUGCCAGAAAGAAUCCCGAUUUACACCAGAUUAUGAAAGAGUUUGUUGACCAGGCCAAGGCAGAAAAGGGACCUGCAAAGGGUAGAGGGGGUGCGAGCAAACGUUAGAUUUCGCGGGAGGGCAUCUGGGAGUUUGGCGCAACUAAAGGGACCUGACCGGCGACAGGAGUCAGAGAUUACGGCCAGCGAUACGCAGCUUGCGAGGAAGUUUUGAUAAUUAACCGUCUAUUUAUCUACUCCAGUAUCUAUGCCUCUAUGUGUAUGUUCUAUGGACUCACUCAAAUCUUGAUUGAGGAUUCCCCUCGAUACUUAUCCCGAUAUUCAUUGAGCAUGCCCAGAGUAACAUUCGAACCACCACAAAGCACAAUCACCACGUUCUUCUUACCCCAUUCCUCGUCGGACAUGCCCUGUCCAAGCAGUCUUCUCAGAUCCCCUCGGUAAGCGGGAGCCAGGGCAGCACCGCAAGCGACUUCAACCAAAUGCAGCCCAUCGUCAGCGAAGCGCACGGCACUAAUGGCAGCAUCCGCAUCAGAUACAACGAGGCUCUUCAAAGUACCCGAAGAUUGCUGGCUCCAUUUCCAAGUCUGCUCUGACACUCUAGUGGCGCCCAGAGACGUUGCGAUCGAGGUCAUCUCAGGGAGUGUUACGUGUUCUUUGGCAAGGACACUUGCGUUGAGACUGUCUGCUCCCUUGGUUUCGACGGCAACGACAGCUGGUUUCUUAUCUUGCCAGGGACGGCCCUCAACGCCUUGCAUCAGGCCAUUGAUCAAACCGCCGCCUCCGACGCUACAGACAAUCCCUUCGAUGGGCUCUUCAAGUUGAUCUCGGAUCUCAUCAACCAUAGUUGCUGCACCGUCCCAAACCCGAGGAUCGUCGAAGGGCGGGACAUAUAUGCCCAUGGGAUCAUUUGCCAAUAGCUCCUCACGCAUAUACUUGUCACACUCGGCCCAAUUCCUGCCUUUUUGGUGUACUUCCACCCCAAGGUCGAGAAGCUUGCCCUUCAUCAGCUCAGUAAUGAUGGUAGGAAUUACGAUAGUCGCCUUUUGGCCCAGAGAGAGGGCAGAAGUUGCACAUGCCAGACCAGCGUUGCCUCCAGAUGAGCAGUAGAAGUGGACCGGGCCUGUGGCAGCAGCAGCCGCUUGGGUCAUAAGGUUGCCAAUGCCGCGAGACUUGAAAGAGCCUGAGGGUUGAAGAUUCUCAAGCUUAAGGUAUACAUUGCUCAGAUGCUGUUAGUUAUUGGUUUGAUCUAAGUCGUGACGGUGAAGCUCACCAGCCUGCCACGCGGGACAGUUGAGGGCUCAAGAGACAUGGUGUUCGGAUCCAUGGUAGCUUUGCAUCGGAGCCAAGGGAGCCCAUGAUGAAAAUUGGCUUGAAUCGCCUUUGCUAACAGUUUGAGGUGCUAUCCUGUUGCCACUUUGACUCCAAUGAUCAAUUAAGGCUGGAUUGAAGUAAAGGUGACUCGGGGGAACAGCGCGUUAUGGCCAGAGUUUCUUGAAUGUGAAGCGAUGAAGAGUUCAUAGAAAAAGGCAGUAUUUAUUUUUAUAGAUGCCUACCUAGGUGUCAAGUCAGAACCACAUAGAUUCCGUUGACGCUGUCGAGAGUCUCAUUAAAUUUCUGUUUUUAGCGCACUGCGGAGUUUAGCUUGAACCCCCAAAUAUUUCCUAGAUUGUAUCCACU